UGCACUUUGCACUCCCCCGAGCUAUAUAAAACCAGUGCGCGCGGAGUCUCCAGUAGGCUACAUACCUUCCACAUCAAGUGAAGAUAUUCCAAAGGAACUUUCGUGAAGCUAAAGGAUAUUUUAGGCAAAAUGGAUCCUUGUGACUGCUCAAAGACUGGAACUUGCAACUGCGGUGCCACCUGCAAUUGCACUAAUUGUGCGUGUACAACCUGCAAGAAGAGUUGCUGCUCCUGCUGCCCAUCCGGUUGCAGCAAGUGUGCUUCUGGCUGUGUAUGUAAGGGCAAUUCCUGCGACGCCAGCUGCUGCAAAUGAGGUUAACUCGUUUUCUACAAUGUGAAUUAAAAAUGGUCUUCGCUAUGCAUAGCAUUAAUGUUGUCUUUACGAGAUACGAAGUCUUGACUCAUGUUGCAUAUGUAUUUGUGACCAGGCUAAACCGGAAAAAUGCACUGAUUUGUAUUGUUGCAAAAGAUUAUAACAUGUUUGUUCUAUAUAAUUGACACUUGCUGUCCUUUUGUAAUUAUUUUUUUGUAUUUUUUUUUUCUCUCCACAAUCUGUAAUGUAAUCUGUCCACAAUACAAAAGUGUUAGCAGUUCUUGUGGUGUCUCUUCAUUUCAACUUUGUCUGCUUUUGUUCCUGUGGUGUAGAGCAAUUAAUACCUACACAAUGAAGUCUAGUUUGUCUAAAUUACCCUUUUUAUCCAUGAAAUAAACCUAAUAUUAAUCAUGA